AUGUCCAUGAUGCUUCUCGCAGCACCAUUUAUCUUGCUAUGUUCAUUUUUACCGUUGGCUCAUUCAGUAAUCGCCACAACGAAGUACGGGAAACUUGAAGGCUUUACAGCUUCUUUUCCGAGUCUUCCUAUUCACCUACAGUUCCACUCGGUUGACAAGUUUCUGGGUGUUCCAUUCGCCGCUCCGCCGACUGAGGAAAACAGACUGAGAAAACCACAACCUCUUGAAGGCUGGAAACCGAAAAUACGACAGGCUAAAAAACAUGGGAGUGCUUGCAUGCAGCCUCAAAGAUUCGCUUUUUACUUUGAUCGCUACGGGUACAAUAUAACAUAUAGCGAGGACUGCCUGUUUCUCGACGUCUACACUCCCAACGUUAGUCUAAGUUUACCUGUGAUUAUCUACAUUCACGGUGGGGCUUAUACAGGGGGUCAUUCUGUUGCAUUUCCUAGCGAUAUUUUGGUACUACAUGGUGUUGUAGUUGUGGUGAUCCAAUAUCGUCUCGGUCCAUUUGGUUUUUUCACCACCGAAGAUUCUGCUGCUCCCGGAAAUCUUGGAUUACUGGAUCAGGUGGCAGCACUUAAAUGGGUCAAGGAAAAUAUUGAAAACUUCGGCGGGGACCCCAAUAAGAUAACUCUUUUAGGCGAGAGCGCUGGUGGGUCAAGUGUUAACUUCCAUAUGAUGUCACCUCUGUCAAAGGACCUCUUCCACCAGGCCAUUGCAGAGAGCGGUGUAGAUUUGUGCCCCUGGGCGAUUCAGCCAAGUUCAUAUGGCAUCCGUUUCGCGAAAGAGUUGGCCCAAAAGUUGCAUUGUACAUCCAGUGAUCACCACGCCAUGGUGGAAUGCAUUCGCAAAGUAAAGGCUAUGGACAUACAGAAAGCGGCUGGCGAUAUCUUCAUUUCCCCUGCCCAUGAUUUCUAUCGCUGGUCAGCAGUUGUGGACGGGCAUUUUCUCACUGAUACACCCUGGAAUCUGCGGAAAAAAGGGAAAUUCAAGAAGGUGCCUUUAAUGAUAAGCUUUAACAGUCACGAGGGGGCAACUUCUAUCAGAAGUCUUGUAGGGACGGCUGGGCUGGAAAACGGAGUCAACCGAUCAUUGUUCAAAGACGCCUUAUCAGGGUUUGUCGAAGGUAGAAAUAAAAGGUGAGGAUGUUUUCUUUGUGAUGUGGCAGCCUAAUGCAUUAGAUGUACCAUUCUUUAAAUAAUGACAUUGUCCAUAUCCUACAUGUCAAAUGUUCAGCCGCACGUCUAGAUUGAUGAGUCACGUCACGUACAUGUAGUCCGUCACCGAAUUGACGUGCUGGCCUGGAGAAAGGCGUGAAGAAAUAAGCAAUGUUAACGCAUAACCUCUUUCCUGUGAAACUCAGAUAAUCAAUGAUUGGUUCACAUUUGCGUAAGGUAAUGACAUGAUCAAGCAAUGUAUUUCUUUAGUUUUGAUUUUACCACAGGCCGACCAUCCGAACUGUUCGAGGCAUCGUUAGGUCACGCGAAACAUGCGAUCCCAUACAUUUACUGUAUUUCAUAACUCCCGCUCUCGGCUUGAUUCAAGUGAUCGGUAGAAAUGCUUAUCAAACACAGAAUUUUGCACCUUUUGAUCCAAAAUGUUGAUUUAAUGAAAGAAAAAUGAAUAAAGAUAACUUAUCGUAUGUUUUUGGUGACAUAUUCUUGAAACGGACACCCCCGAAAACGUCACAAUAACGAAGAACACGCCACUAAAAACAUGCGGUAACUUGUCUUUAUUCAUUUUUCUUACAUUAUAUCAACAGUUGGGAUCAAAAGGUGCAAGAGUCUGUGUUUUACUGAACAUUUCUCCUGAUCACUCAAAUCAAGCCGAGAGCGGGUGUUACGAAAUACAGUAAAUGUAUGGCAUCACAUGUCGCGCGUGACAUCACUAUGCUUCAAACAGUUAGGAUGGUCGGCCUAUGUAUUUUAAACCAUAAUUAAAAGAAAUGCCGUUUGUGGUCAUUCUCCAGAAAAGUAGCAGACCUCAUCUCCGAUGCUUUGGAGUUCAUGUACACCCCUUGGCCGGACAACAACGAUCAGUACGCACUGAGAAGCCAGCUUAUAGAUCUGCUUAGCGAUUACUUUUUCUUCGCACCUAGUCACGAGGUAGCCGAUAUUCACAGCGAAGUGGCUCCUGUGUACAUGAACGAGUUCGCUCGACGGCCAUCAAACGCCAGUCUCUCGCCAGAGUGGAUGGGAGUGAUUCAUUUUGAUAACGCUCCAUUUGAUUUUGGUAUUCCACUUCUAACUCCUCUUUCUUCAAUGUAUGACACAGCUGACAGAAACGUCAGUUUAUUUAUCAUGAAACUCUACACCAACUUUGCCAGGUUUGGUGAGCCCACGCCACAACCAGUUAGCGGCGUUACCUGGGAAGGGUACAACUCAAGUCGCCGAUCGUAUUUGCGAAUUGACGUUAAUCCGAGAUUGGAAACAGCAUUUAAUCCUCGCCGGAUGGCCUUUUGGAAUGAUUACUACCCUAAACUGGCAAAGUUUAAGAUUGAUAGCGAGGUGUUUGCCGUCAAUAGUGCUAACGCUGGUUUUGCUAUUGAAAUGGUUCAAACAGUUUUAUUUACAGCGGGUUUAGAGAUUUUAUUUUUUUUAACCCUUACCUCACAAUAUAACUGAUCCCCUUUGUUUGGAAAAUCUUCACUUAGGAAUAGUUUUUACAAUAUAUGCGCAAGAACCAAACAACUAGUCCAUGAUUAAUCAGCCGAUAAGAUAACAAACUGUAAACAAACCGCCAUGCUUGCAGAGUGUGAUAAUAAGAAUUAUAGCCUUAUCAAUCACUAAAAUGCACAUGCAUGGAUCUUCGGAUAUGAACUUGAAAAGUCGGCAAUGAGACCUCAAUGUUUGUUUCCCGUGAUAAUUUUACAGUAAACACCCGCGAGUAUAAUAAUAAGAACCUGCAGUUUUCCAAGUUACGUUAAUUAUGCUCUUAAACAGGUUCGAGGAAAAUAAGAUAUUGUUGUUGAGAGUGUUUAGUAGUAUUCAGCUUAUUCCUUAUAAAAAACCGGCAUACCAUUACAUUGCCAUUACAUACUGAAUACAUCCAUGUUAUGUGCAUUAAAAGAUAUUCGAUGCAACGUUACACAAAC